ACUCCUGCUUGCUUAUGUUUUGUUAUUAUUUCUGAUCUGAUAUUACUUGAAACGGACGACUUUCUGAACAAAAACUUCUUAUUUGUUCUAAGGUGGUGUUUCUUAUUCUCCCAAUAGGGAACUUAAGUUUCCUGACGCUAAAAUCAUCAAUUUUAUUUGAAAAUGAGUUUUGGAAACAAAGAAGGCGCCUUCCGAGCGGCUUGCAAGAAGUGCGGAUACGCUGGCCACUUAACUUUCCAGUGCAGAAACUUUCUGAAAGUUGACCCAAGCAAGGAGUUGGUCCUGGACGUGAGCAGCACCUCUUCUGACAGUGAGGACGAGUAUGUGACGCCGUUGACGGCUCUGAGACAGCAGGAAGUCGCUGCAGCCGGCGAGCACCAGCCGGACAAAAAGGUCAAAAAGAAAAAGAAGGAGAAGAAAUCUAAAGAAAAGAAGAAGAAAAAGAAAAGCAAGAAGAAGAGGCACAGGAGCAGUGAGAGUGACGACGAUUCGAGCAAUGACGAUCGACGCAACAGACACAGGUCAAGGUCUCCGUUGGACAGAAGGAAGCCGUCCUCUUCUGGACACAAAAGGAAAAGGCGGAGGAGCAGCAACAGUGACUGAUUGCAAUAUUUUUUCAUGAUUGCAUUUUAAAGGUUAAUUUUUAAUGAUUUGUAACCUUAAAGAAUUAAGGAUCUUAUAUAUAAUUUUUUUUUUGUAAUUUUUGCGUUUAUUUCUUCACGACUUUCACGAGGCACAUUUUUCUUUUUUCAUUAACAAGCCAUGCGAUGAGAUCAUAAUUUUACUACAAAUAACUAUUAUUGACGUAUUUUUUUCUGCAGAUAUCUUGUCGUAGACAAAAGAUUAAAUUCCACCAUUAUAAUAUAAGGUAUUAUUCUUUUUCAAUUAUAAUAAUAAAAAAAGAGGAUAAAGUCUAAAUUUUUAUAAUAUUAUGAUUUGCAUUUUAGAAUUGAUUUUGAAAUAUUUAUUCAAAACAUUAUUUUUAUUGCGUCACUGGUAUUUCAGCGUUUGUAAAGAACUGUUCGGAAUUGUUCAUAUUAAGAUUAACCUAAAAAUAAAUAUUUCUUAUU